AUGGCUUCAAAUUCAAACCCGUCAACGACCUCGGAAGGUCCUCCAUAUACUGCCGAGUGCGGAGACGAUGACGACAAAAUUGUUCCUUCGCAGUCGGGUUCACGCGACGAAAACGCGCCAGCGUCUCCACAACAACCUCCCGAUCUAGAUCGCAGAGGAAUGGAAGAGUUCCAACGGUGGGUCGAAGCAUGCGACAGCCCACUGUCAGACGUUGGACAUAUCCCGUCGGAGGGCGGUGGUGUAGGAUCACAGGCUGAAGACCAUGUCUCGCCGCCCUUCGGGCCCGCCAUUUGGGAUAUGCCUGCGACUCCACGAGAAGGUGCACCCGAGGGCACGAACCGGCGCUAUACCCUCAUGUCCAAUCACGCUGGGGACUUUGCGGCGCGCAUCCUGGAGACGGAUGAACUGCUGCCAUUGUUGAAGCAGCUGAAGGCUACGUCUGCAAAUCGUCUCCCUCCUGCUCGACCCAACAGGGCUGGAAUUACAUAUAUGGAUUUGGUUAUCAAGCGUCUGCUUCGCAUUGGAGAUAUAAUCAAACGAGAGGUGCAUGAUCAGGAACUCCAGCCCUGGCAUGAAAUGGCACUCUGGAGAUACCUUGCGGAAAGGUAUUGGCCAGUUCCCGGCCAACAGCUCCCUGAUUGUACUUACCCACAUAUACGUGUACGCGAAUAUUACCAGAACGAACGGUUUUUCCUCACUCGGGCUGGCCACGCUUCUUCCGACAGCGAUGUUGCUCUCUACGAUACAGAUGAAACGGAUGACGAUGCGGCUGAUAACGGGAAUCAUGACAGCAAUCAUGACACGGUGAAUGGUAGUCCUGGGCCACAAGGUGAUGAUCAAGCAAGAGAAGACAAAGGGCAGCAGAGCAGCGGCGCACAAACGGAAGUUGGCCCGAUCUCCAAGUCAAUUGAGAAUGAGCUACCAGCUCGACUUGAGCCAUUUCCCCGAUUCGACCUAAAUGCUAAACCGAAGUUAAUGCAAAUCAAAUUCAUACAGCGCUCUGAUGGUUUUGGGUUCUCUAAGGAUAGAGAUUCACUGGUAAGAGCAAGAAGGGGUAGGGGACCAACUCCCUUCUCUCGUCCGGUUCGCCGAAUCCCAAUUGCGACAGAGCAACCUGCGGAAUCUCUACCUUACUUCCAAAACGAGGGGUCACCAAAACGGCAAAGACUAAGCCCCGAGCAGGAUAUCGGACGCAUGCAAGACUUCUACGCAUACUGCCAGGCGCUCUGUUUCCAGGAAGAAAUUGAUGUUGCAUACGCGGACAUCAUGGCAGAUAUGAGCCGUUAUUCUCAAGAAGAAUCCGAUGCUCUGCUCGAAGAUUUUGAUAAGCCUGAGACUGCAGCUGAUGUGGGAAUGGCAUUGCUCGCAAACGUUCAGUCAGCAACAAUGACUUUCGGCCCUAUCAAACACGCCAUGAUCGCAAGAGACAGGAAGCCCAGCACCGCCCCCGGUUUCAAGCCUCCCGUGUUGGUGAAUGACAUCUUGGAGUAUCAAGACAAUCGGCAAGGGGAUGUGUAUGCCCUCACCUCGAACAUGGAUAUGGUUAGAGUCAAUGAGGACUCUCGAGCUGCCAAGGUUAACGCCGUUGAUAUUGUUAGCCAUGGAGGCAAGCAGGAAUUUCAGAUUGCCAAGACCGAGGACCUUGAUCAUCCUGACCAUGGAGUGGACGAUAGUGGAGAUGAUGAUAACGGUGGCAUCAAACUGAACCUGGGCUCGAAUACUGGGUUGUAG